AUGAGCAACUUCUUCCGCCCAAACAGCAACAGGCAGGAUCCAGAGGCAAAUCUUCCCCCCUUUGACGCUCGUCGCGCAAAUCCACCCCCUUACACGCGGUACGACGUGCACCAGCCCCCUCGGCCUCCCAUGCCCGCAGCUCUCCCCCUCCAUGGGCCGUACGGUUCCGGAGGCUAUCGCCAGCCCUCGCCCGACUAUCGUCCCGACCCCUCCCUCUCCGGAGGAUACGCGAGCGACUCGUCCCACGUCUCCUCAGCCAGCGGCGCGUCCUACGCGUCCUACGCGUCCUACGCCACAGCGACGUCGGCCCGGUCGGGCUUCAGUUCGAGCGCGAGCUAUCCCCGGGCGUAUGUGUCUCCGCCAUAUGUCGUGGGCACGGGGGCGAGUAUGGCCAAUGUGUCCUACUCUUCGCACGACUCCCACCACCCUCCCUCCGCUUCCACUCCAGUGCGUAACCCCAGAGCGUGCACGCACCAGUCCUGCCCUGGCUCCGUGUGCCAGAGUAACCACACCUACGACCCGGCCGCUGCACAGCGCUUCCUUGCUUCCAACUACGCCCCCGUGCCACGCGAGCAGGAGUCUUGGGGUCAGAGAAGGGAGCGCGAGUCGCGCAAUGCCGCCUGGACGGCUAAUAUGAGGAUGGAUGCCGGGGGGUAUGCGCAGUAUGAUUGGAAGGACCAUGCCGGGCCCGCACAGAGGCAUGAGUGGCAUCAGCAUACUGCUGAAUGCUCUGAGAGCUGUGCGAAAAGCUUGGAUAGGAGGGAGGGGGUGAAGGAGAGGGAGUGGAUCAGGUAUGGACAGGGGGGUGGGCGUCGCUGA